AUGUUGAUUUUGUAUUAUGAACAACAAUAUUCUACUUCACCUAUUUAUAUUUAUCCCUUAACAAAAUCUAUACCAUUAUGUUUACCUAAAAUAUUUGAUCAACAAUUUAUUACUAAUUAUUGUCAUAUAUAUGAUUUACCAUGUUAUUAUAAUCAUGAUCAAAUUAAAAGUAAAUUACCUAGAGUUCAGUCAACACGUCGUGCUGAACUAUUACAUAAUCAAUUAUAUAAUAAUAAUAAUACUGAUCAUACUGAUCAUGAUCAUCAUGAUGAUCGAAUCAAAUCUUUGUCCACUUCUCAAUCAUUAUUUCAUCAACAUCAAUCACGUCAAUAUAUUCAAAUUGAAUUAUAUAAUUAUGUGUUAAAUAAUUUACUUGGUUUAUCUAAUUUACAAUCUACAUUGAAUACUCAUAAUCAUUCUUUACCAUUUUUAUUAGAUCUUGGUUGUGGGAUCAAUCAUUUAGAUAUUAUCAAUCAUUAUUUAUUAACUAUAUCGAAUUUUAAUCAAAAAUUCAUACCAUUAUGUAUUGAUUUAUUCAAUAAUAAUAAUAAUAAUACUAUUACUACUACUACUACUACCACUACUACUACUACUACUACUACUAAUACUAGUAGUAAUGAUAAUGAUAUAUUCAAUUAUAAUAUCCAUUUAAUCAAAUGUAAUUUAAUGAAAGAUGAUAUCAUAACAACUGGAUCACAAUUAUUACCAUUUAAAGAUUAUUCUAUAGAUUAUAUAAUAUCGAUAUCAUUCUUACAAUGGUUAUUAGGGAAAGAUAAAUCAUGGUAUAUGAUUAAACAAUUAAUGAAUGAAAUUAAACGUUUAUUAAAUCCAUCAAUUGAUGGUCAAUGUAUAUUACAAUUUUAUCCAAGUCAGCUAAUUGAUAUUCAAUUAAUUAGUGAAAUUAUUGAAACAAUUCAAUCGAAUUUCUAUGGUUGUUUAUUAAUUCAUCAACCCAUAGUCAAUCGUGGUAUGAAAAUCUUUAUUUAUUUAACAUAUAAAUAA